GUAAUGGACAGCUCCCUGGAUGCGGCUGUGAUUGACUAGACCAAGCAAAAAGAGAUCGAAAGCCAAGUGGCGGUAAGUCACAAAAUCUUUCAAUUUUUAUUGUUAAAGUUGAUAACUAGGUCUGAAACAUAUGCCAAUACAUGUAAGAAUAUUUUCAGUAACUCAUGGGAGGCUAUUUGGACAAGAGCGGAACUUUUUGGGGAGUGGCUUGCAAAUAAACUUCUAAUUGUUUGCUUACUAGCUAGCUUGUUAGCCUCCAAAUGUGCUAGUUCCUUAGCUUGGUGCUAGCCGCUGGGGGAACGCCUAGUAUCAAAAGUGAACAGUGAGGAAUGAUUAACCCCAAGACACCGGCGUCUCACUUUGUUUCAGUCUCUGUCCCAGUUUGAGGACUUUCCCGAAGAAGUUUGUACACAUUGUUCAUAAUUUACUUAAAAUGCGGCUACCGUCUUUUAAUUACGUCGUUAAGCUAAAGUUGGCGGCCGCUAGCUUGGCCAGCUAAUAAAUGAAAAGCUGGAUAAGUGCACAGACUGCUGACGCUGAGCUUUUGGUGUGCAUGUUUCACUUCUGUUAUCGUUUGUCAAGUCAUCCCAACAAACAGCGAUUAAAAGCUUUGCCUUCCUCUCUGUCUGUGUGUGAAGAGCAUUAUAACCAGUUGUUACUCAGGUGCCUGUUUUGUCUGUUGUCAGGUGCUGCAGCCCCAGUGGUCGUAGGCAGGAUGCAGACCAUAAAGUGUGUUGUGGUGGGUGACGGGGCAGUUGGGAAAACCUGUCUUCUCAUCUCUUAUACCACGAAUGCCUUUCCUGAAGAGUAUAUUCCUACAGUAUUUGACAACUACAGCGCUCAGAUGAGUGUUGAUGGUCGCACUGUCAGCCUUAACUUGUGGGACACUGCGGGCCAGGAGGAGUACGACCGCCUUCGCACACUCUCUUAUCCCCAGACCAAUGUUUUUAUCAUCUGCUUUUCCAUUGGCAGUCCCUCUUCCCAUGCUAACGUCAGGCACAAGUGGCACCCUGAGGUGUCUCACCACUGCCCGAAUGUGCCCAUCCUGCUGGUGGGCACCAAGAGGGACCUGAGGGGUGAUGCAGAAACGGUGAAGAAGCUGAAGGAGCAGGGCUUGGCCCCUACUACCCAGCAGCAGGGAAACACCCUGGCCAAGCAGAUAGGGGCUGUUAAAUACAUGGAGUGUUCUGCUCUACUGCAGGAUGGUGUCAGGGAGGUGUUUGCUGAAGCUGUGAGAGCAGUGUUGUAUCCAGUCACGAAAAAGAACCCCAAGAAGUGUGUGCUGUUGUAAUGAACAGUUCCCAAAUUUGGACUGUAGAGAGGGAUGAUGGAGAUCCACAGAUGCAAAGGAAGGCUGAGGAACAAAGGUUGUCACCUGGCUGCGACUACUCCACCUACAGCAGUUCAAACUUUGUUUUCAUCUCCUCUGCCACUCCUCUCUUCCUUAAUCAUCUCCUGGAGGACUUCACUCCGUUACCGUCAUCACCAAAGUGACUGUGCCAAAAUGGCAGCAACUGACCAUAUCUCCUCUAUUUUUCUUACAUUUUAUCUUUGAUAUUUACAACUUUUUCCAAUUUUACAUCUUCUCUAGAUUUAUAGCUUCUCUGCUUUGCCUCAUAAAAUGCUGAUCAUGGUCGUAAGAAGCCAUAACAACAUCCAAACCAAGCUACCCUGUUCGACUGGAGAGAAGAGAUCUACCUUUGUUCAGGUGGAGAAAUAAUGACUACCUCAUACUCUCACCAAGGUUGCAUCUCAUGAGUAUCAAGCAGUGUCACCAUCAAGAUGGCUUGACUUGCCUAUUUAGAUGAAAUGAACCGCCAAGUAGAGGGUAAACAAGUUUUUAAAUUUCAAGCAGCUUGGGUCCAGACGAGGUGUAAUGACUCCCGGACAAAUGCCAGUACCCCAUACCCAGUAUGCACAGAUUAGAGGUUAAACUGUCGAACUGCGGUCCCCCAUGUGCUCAGUCUGGCAUGUUAGAGCUGUCUGGCAGGCUGCCCUUCCAGCCUCUUGCACCGCUCUCUCACUGCCACGCAUGGAAGAGUCAGUGGGCCUUUGAAGAUAAGCUGGUCCCAUUAAAAGCAGCCGACCAUUUGCCCUCUUCACUAAUAGUGGAGCAGGUGUCAUAAGGCCUCAGCCAAAUUAACCCUCACUGGUACAGGAUUUCUUGAGCUGACAUAUCAGGAAGUGGUACAGCUCUCCUCUGCCUACGUCUUAAUGAAUGCCAUUAAAACAUGCCUAAGAGUGACUUUGACAUGACGGAGUCAAAGAGACUGUACUUUGUCUAAUAAUAUUGAAUUUACUCUGUAAGUGAUUUUUUUUUUUCCUGAAAUGUUUUUAACCCUCAAGUGCGGUUAUGGCCAAAGUUGAAUAUAUUUUUUGUAAUAGCUUAUGUGUAUUUGAUCAGUAAAAUGUUUGUGUGUCAUAAUACUCAAAUUUGAUAAACCACAACUCAACAAUGCUCCACUUGUCACUUACAUUGUUGCCUCACAUUUCAGGUCAGCAAACUAUGACCAUUGCAGAACUAAUACAGCAUAGCAUGUGAAACGAGAAUAUGUUUUUCCUGACUUUGUACAUUUAUAUUCCUUUAAUCUUGGUUGUGAAACAUGAUGUCAUCUUGGAUGAAGCAUUGUGUCUUGGCUACCCAGUCAGUGUGUCUACUGUGUGACAGCAAAAGUUAAUAUAGAAUAUAGAAGGAGCCUUAAAUUUGGUCAGGUGCCUUAUCUAAACCAAAGACCAUAGCUGUGCUCCCCAAAGGUUCUUUUAUAGCGAUGCAAAUGCCACCAAGACCUUUUCAAGUGCAGGUUGAACCAACUUGGGGUUUCAUUUUUGUAGUUUUCAAAAGCUCUCUGCCUUAGCACACACAAAGUCUUUGCACCCCUCUUUGAAAGUCACAGGUGCUAAACUGACAUCUUGUGCGACACGUCUGUGCACCGUUCAUCUGCAAAAAAAAAGCAGAUGAGGCGAUGUGGCCCACAACUCUUAACAGAUUGUGGUUUACAUCCUUGUGCUGCAUACUGCAGUGAGGGAACACAUAACUUACACAUAAAGUUAGCAAGAGCUGCAUUUGUGGAACGUGCCAUGCUGCAUCUUAAGAUUUUUCUACAUUUUAUAAGAUCUUUUCUAGUAAAAACUGGUUGCAAAUUUGUGCUAAUAGCUACCAGUAAUACCAGCAACCCCUUUUACUGUAGUUAUUUUCAUGUACACGUCAAGCAGAUUGUGUUUUGGUCAUCCUAGGUUGUGGCCUGUGUAAAGUCUAGAUAAACCCAAGCGCAACACGAGCAGGAGACUUUGUGUAACAACAGUGAUGCGGUUUGAGAUCUGCCAAAGGAUGUAUGAGAAUUUCCGUGAUCAGUGUGUGGAGGGUUGAAUGUAAGUGCAUAACAUGUCAAACUGUCAACUGUGGUGAGUUAGUAUUUUUUGCCGUGUCCUGAUUUCACUCAGAUAAUGCUGUUGAAGUGGAACAUACACCUGUGGGCUCUCUUGUCUGUGUCCCGGAGCUGUAUGCUACCGUGUGCGUGGUACUACGCUUUUACACUGGGAACUUGAUUUGUAGAAAUCUGUAAUUGUUUUAUAUAUAACAAAAGCAUAUUUGUAUAAAUGAACUAACAGUGAGAUGAUUUUAAAUUAUGCCAAAUAAAAUGGUGGUUAAACCAGAUACUGUUUGAUUAUA